GAAGGCUAGCAACGUUUACCACCGAUGUUGUUUACAGGAUAUUUAUAGGUCAUUUAUCGCCCUGUAUGUGAAGACUUGGCAAUUUGCGAGGACGAUACUGCACUGGGUAUAACGACAGAAGAUUUAACGGAUUGAAGGGUUUGAUAACCCGACAUGACCUCACUGCAAGUCAUAACACUCAUACCAGUAGCAGGAUGUUAAAUCAGUGUAUGGGCUCUAGUUGAAUUAACACUGGCUGCGUGCAUAUUCAAAAAGCAACGUGGGUUGUAAAUUUUGUAAACAUCAGAAUGGGUUCCUCGCCCAGUUUUCCCAUUGUCUCUCUCCCUAGGGACAGAAUAGUCGUGGUCACUGGCGGCAACACAGGUAUUGGUUACGAGACGGCUAAACACAUCGCGAUGAUGGGAGCCACGGUUAUCAUAGCAUGUCGAUCGGAACAGAGAGCUACCGAUGCCAUCAGAAGGAUGAAUGACGAAUACCAAGAAGACAGGAAAAACGACAAGCUUAAGGAGGGACAUAUAAAUGAAGACAAACUUCCAAUAGAGUUCAUGCAGCUGGACCUAGCUUCACUGAAAUCAACGAUGAAAUUCAUUGAGGCAUUCAAGUCCUCCGGGCGGAAACUUCACGUUUUGUUGUGUAAUGCUGGUGUGGCAAUGGUACCGAGAGGUCAGACAGAGGAUGGGUAUGAAACUCACUUUCAGGUGAACUACCUGAGCCACUUCCUGAUUGUCGCCCAUCUGCUGCCUAUCAUGAAGACCUCGGGAGAAGACUGCAGGAUUGUGUUCACCUCCAGUCUGGGUCACAAAGGAGCAAGGUUUGACCUUGAGAAGGCACAAGCCCAAAAUGCAUCUGACUAUGGGCGAAUGCUUUACUACGCCAACUCAAAGAUGUACCAGAUUCAACACAUGUUCUGUCUAUCACGCCGCCUGAGAGGAAGUGACGUCACUGUGACGUCAAUGCAUCCGGGAACUGUCUCCACCGAGAUCACAAGAAACUACAGUGAUAUGAAGUGUUUCUCGUGCUUAGUCAGCUGUUUUGACAGUAUGAAAGCUCUACGUACGCCGUAUCAAGGGGCAGUGACGCUGAUUGACCUGGCUGUAAACCCAAAGUAUAAAGGAACAACGGACGUAUACUUUGUUGACUGUAAAUCCUCAUCCAUAGCACGACUUGCCCGGAAUGAGCAGUACCAGGAAGAUCUAUGGAACUAUUCUGUAGAGUGUCUGAAGCAAUAUCUACCGGCAGAUAUCACUGCGUCACUUGAUAUGCCUCAAGAUGGUAACCAGUAACGACCACCACUUCCGACCUCUGAAAAAAUAAAUGUUAGUCAGAAAAGGUAGACAUCGAGCGCUCACUCCAAUCGCUGCGUAUUCACCAUGCAUGGUUUACACUAUCGGGGCUUUGUCUGCAUUAGUCCUCUAAUGUGCAGUUAUCACACUGGCUUCGUGUGCGGAAAGGGAAUUCCAUUCUUACUUAUUUAAGUUACUUGUUUGUUUAGGCCUUUCAGUUUAGGGGCUUCUGUUGGAUAGCUUCCUUUCAGACUACUGUCUAAAUGAUAAAGUCAAACACAUGGUUGUUAUAUAUUAAGACAGCUUACUUCGUGUCCGUUAGGACGACCUUUAGCGUUAGGUGUGCUAAACGUGCUGUCAGGAUCGAUUUGGGGAGGAAUUAGCUAUAGGGAGCAAGCCUUGAAACAAGAAAGGAGAGCUGUGAGUUCCUGGGUUUAUUCAAGCAAGUGUAUGGUUCAACAGGGUAUGUACGGUAACUGCUUACAGAAACAU